UGAAGACAGAAUAAGAUAAUGAUUGAAGUAAUCCUACGAUGUUAGUGUUUGUUCAAUUGAGCUACUACCAAUAUCCCAGUUUCAAAAUAUUAGAAAGUACUCUGUACAUUCUCCUAUGAGAAGCAGAAUACUUGGAAUAAUUCAGAAUAAUGACAUCACUGUGCAUUGUCUUGUUGCAAAGGAAACCAGUUUUCUACACAAAUAGCCAUGCUUCUAAAGUUCAAGAGAAUAUGAAAGAUUUGCUACUGCUACUGUUUGUGUAUAAGCAAAGACGGAGCUUUAUAAGCAUAACUAAAAAAUGCACAGCUUGGGUUAUUUACAUAUUUAACCAAAUAAUCAUUUUUACCAUUCUGAGAACAGAAUGUCUAUUCUAAAUAUUCCAGAAUAUAUUCCUAGUCAGGAAUAAGGUCAAUCAAAUGCACUAUUCAUUAGUUUACUUCAUGAGUUUUUUGUUAGGAUAGAUGUUGGACUCCUGGUCAGCAGUUUGAUCACAUACAGAUUUAAAUCAACAGCAGAUAGAUUCAGGCUACUGUAGUACGGUGAAUUUAACUGGAAAUAUGGUCAAAUGGGACUUCUGUGCUCCCUGUGCCUAUAUCAGUAAAUAAAAAAUGCUUUUUGUGUAUUUGAAUAGAUUUGUGAUGAUGUCAUAUCUUUCCUUAUUGGAGGAUUCCAUACAACUGGAAACAGUGAGUGAAUAUUUGCAAACACUGUGUGGCUGCUUUAUUAGUUUAGUAGUCCUUACUUUGAAACUUCUAGCUUUGGAACAAAUCAGGGAGUUUAUUCUAGUUUUAAGUUCAAAUCAGUGACAGGGAAUUUUAUUUUCAUUUCACUCCAGGUUAAGACUUUUCAACUUAGUUUGUUUUUGGCAUGCCUCAGCAGGGCUAUCAUUAAUUAAGUUUUUAGUACCAUGUAUCCUUAAACUUCAUGCCCAUACCAAACUUGUUACUUUGUGGUUGGAUUGUAUCAACAGAAGGCAAUUUCAACUGUAGUAUCAUGGGCUUAUCGAGCAUACUCAGCCAUAACAGGUGUUACAUUUUACGGCCCUUAAUGACAGCCCUGCUCAGUAUUGCUGGGUUUUACCAACAGGUCAGUCUUUUAAUCAUAGCAGAAGAACAAAUAUGUGAGUCACAGUCAAUCAGGAAAUAUCUAGUUGAAGUCAGGCAGCAAAUGUUGUAAUAAUGUGUGAGCUGGAAUGUGGCUUGAAGGCCAGCUGUUGGUUUGCACGUUAAAAUUUAAGAGCUGACUAUAAUUGUGUUCAAUCUAUUAAUUAAAAUUAUCUUUUUUAUUUCUUUCAGUGAUGACCUGGUGUUUGUACUUCCUGACUAAACAUCCCGAGGUUCAAGAGAAAGUUUUUGACGAACUGGACAAAGUUUUGGGAGAUGAAGAAGACAUCAAACCACAAGUAGUCUCAGAACUCACGUGAGUCUACACCAUCAUCAUUAUCAUCAUCAUUAUCAUUGAACUCCACCUCCUCCUGCUCUGUCCACCACAUUAACAUCAUAUGCCAUCAUCAUGGCCUUCAUUAUCUCUAUCAAAUACAAAGUCUAUAAUGAAUGAAACUGUUUUAUGAGCCCAACCGACUGAAAGACACUGAGCAUUACUUUGUCAUGUAGCAUUGAUUGUUUCUAUUAUUAAUAAUUAAAAUAUAGAUAGGACCCUGCGCACGCUCUGAUUGGUCAAAAACCUAUGUUUUAUCAGAGUAUAAAACAUAGAAAAAGCGUGUUUUAUUGUUUUGCACGCGUAAAAUCUAUAUUUUAAAGCAAAUGAAGAAGCCUAAGCCGAGUAUUACACUGUGAUAAAACACGAUGGUCAUUUGAGAACACUCGAGAAAUGUAGAAAACACUCGCCUGCGGCUCGUGUUUUCUACAUUUCCCUCGUGUUCUCAAAUGACCAUCGUGUUUUAUCAUAGUGUAAUACACGGCUUAGACUUCUUUAUUUGUUAAUUAUAUUUUCUGAUUAAAAAUGUGGAUCUCUAUUUAUUUUGAAUCAUUUUUCUAAAGGCUUAUUGGAACUUGUGUCAUUUCCAUUCAGGUACACUCGUCAAGUGAUAGAUGAGACAUUACGUGCUGCAGUAGUGGCUCCAUGGGGUGCACGAGUUUAUGAGUAUGACCUUCAGGUUGAUGAAUUUGUUAUUCCUAAAGAGGUAUGUACAGUGUUGUUCCCUGGUACACUCUUCAAACUGGUCCACUGGCUAGGAAUGGAAAGUAAUAAUUGUUAUUGUUCCUGACCACUAAUUUGAGACAACACAGAAAGCAAUAAUCCCAGGAAAGCAAAUGUACUAAGUCGGCUAGUAGCUCUCACUAGUCACAAGGUCUCACAUGAACGACUUGAUACCCUGUCACGUGCACCAAAUCUGAUAUCUGACAGCUUAGUUUGGUGCGACACAGCACUAGCUACCUGUCUUGACACAUUACGGUCCUAUGAUGGUGGAUGCAAUUGAAUGGCUUGGUGCAAGAACUGACCUAAGUGACUUUUUCGGGUGAAAUUUUUUUUCAAUUCAAAAGUGCCUGAAUUUUUGCAUGUGCUUUCCAAUUUACGUGUAGUAGAAAAACAUUCUCCUGUAUCUUUUUUUGGCUGAAAUGCUCUUGUUCCGCUUUGUUGCAUUCAUUGUGCAUGCUUUUAUAUUUUGUCUUCGUUUUUCUCAGAAACAAGGGGCAAACCAGCCAAAAAAAUACAGGGGAAUGUUUUACUACUUAAUUAAAAAACACCGUCAUGCACAAAAUUCAGGCACUUUUGAAGGAAAAAAAAUUCACCCGAGAAAGUCACUUAAAUCAGUCUUACACCAUUGACCAAGUCAUUCAAUUGUUAAAAACUUAUGGCAAGAGAGUUCUUGAGUAAUUGUAGUCAGGAGGUGACUUUGUAACUGGGUAGUGUCUUGCUGACUGUGCAGUAUUUAAGAUCAUAGUUCAAGUAAUAACUUAAACAGUAAGCGAUAGACUUGCAGUAUGGAAGGGUAAGUAGAUUUAAUCUUUCCUCCCCCUCUGGAGCAACCUUAUUCGUACAAGAUGGAUGACAGAGGACUCCUAUCAGUUUGUCUGACCUUCAAAAUUCACUUAACAGCCUUCCCAUUAUACUAGUACCCAUUGUUUUAGAGAAGAAACACAUCUUUUUGCAGGACUUUUUCCAUAGCGUUUCCUUAUUUCACCAUGUAGUUUUGUUGUAAGGGAUAAUUUGCUAUUUAUAACUCUUGCCUAGUACUGGCAGGUGUUUUGACGUUUUAUCAUUCUUUCAUUUAUUUUAUAGACUCCGAUACUUUUGCCAUUUGGAGUUGUUCUUCAGGAUCCUAACUUGUGGCCGGAACCCAAGAGGUAAUAGCGUCAUGGCAUAUCAUUUGUGUACUGACUGACUGUGGUAGGGGAGGGGGCCCAUAUGACUUUGAUGUGGGGAGAUCACAGUACACUGCUUUUUAUUGCAAUUUAAUCGCAUAUUUACAAAAUAGAAAAAGUAAAUAAAUAAAUAUAAUAGAAAAAAGCCAUAAGGAUAAUUUGUAAAAGAGUUGCGUGGCCCGGUAUAAAAACAAAUCACCUCACAAAAAUUAUAAAAAUCACAAUAAACUCACAAAAAACUGUUAGUAAUAAUAUUUACAAUUUGUUACAAAUUUAAUAACAUUAGCUUUAAACUUGUCAACACUGCAUGCCGAACAGACAUCAAGUGGCAAACUGUUCAAUUCAUCCACAAUCCUAUAAAAGUAACUGUUUUUAAGAAUGUUUGUCCUAGCAUAUUUCUUUUUUUUACGAUUUAGUAUCAAAAUGUCUCAGUAAGUAACGGUCGUCUUGGCUAUAAAAACCUAAGAAUUGAGAAAAGUCAACAUCUAAAUGGCCAUUGAAAGCCUUAAAUAGGAAGGUAACAUGAGCAACGAAACGUCUUUGCUCAAGAGUUAAAAGAUUGAGUUUACGUAGACGGACAUCGUAUGGUUCAUUAUGCUUAUGCUAUGAGCUGUUGAAUUUUCUAAUGAGGGUUAGAGUUUGGCAAUUACCCAAAAAAUUCCAGCACUGGAAAAGUGGGCGCAAAAUUCACGCAGAAUAAAACCCAACGAUAAGUUCUUGAUCUUGAAAGCCUUUCUACUCGGGGGAUCUUAAAAUGAAACUUUAAAAACAAAUUGUAUUGUGCAUUAUAAAUUUGUCGAAAUUUUUUUGCUGACAAAAUUUUUUGGCAUAUAUUUGAGUUUUGCGCGAAUUGAAUUGCGAACAGGGUCUAAAGCUCUCUGAUACUCUUUAUGGCCUUCUGACUUGCUAGCGCUUUGUAACUAAUUGAAAUUCCCGUUUUAGGUUUGAUCCUGAUCGUUUCAGCCCUGAAAAUAUCAAACAGCUUCCAAGCCUUGCUUACCAGCCAUUUGGCUUUGCCGGGAAACGAAAGUGUCCCGGAUGGCGAUUCUCGAUUGCCGAGGGACUGGUGUUCCUGUCCAUUCUCAUCAGACGAUUCAAGUUUCAUCUUGUAGAAGGGCAGGAAGUGAAACCUGUCCAUCGACUGGUGACCGCACCAGCAGAGGAGAUCUGGGUCACAGUGACUAAGAGAUAAAUGAUUAGACGAACUUUGACAGUGCCACUUGUUAAAAAUGAAAUGUCAUUUAGGGACUUCAGAUUUGUCUACGAGUGCGAGAUUGAAUACGAGUACGAUUUUCGAAUUUCAAAACAGUG